AGCAAAUGCAACAGUGUUCAGUGGCAACAUUACACAAUGAUAAGGUUGACGAUCGCUUGGGCAAGAAUCCAUGCAAUUUUCAUCCUCCUAUAUGGGGAGAUUUCUUCCUACACUACUACGACGCAGCAGCUUCCUCCAAACAGCAGAAUGAUUUGUCAACAGUAUUGGCAAUACAUUGGACAUAAAUCAUUGGAGAGCAUUGGACAUCUUGCACAUGGUGUCACGUGAAGGGUAGAGCAGGAUUCAAUUGUGUGGCCCACAAGGAUCAGACAACAUAGGCAUCUGUUGGCUAUGGUGGAGCAGGUGGUCUCAUUUUUCUGGUUGAUUUCAGAAGUGAAACAAGAACACAACGGUGUCUUUCCAAAUUAUUGAUGCAUAACUGGGUCCCAUGUGUGUGCGUGACUGUUUCAGUCAGUGAUGUGGAUUCUGUCAUUCUGUGCAUCAUUCGAAGGGAGAUAACUGAAAACAUUUUCAUGAUUGAUACAGCUAAUAAUAUGUAUAGUGUUCCUAUCUAAGCCAUUAUUAAUAAUAUAUGUUAUAUAUGCUCAGUUUAAAUACUAUUUUAGCAGACGUGGAUGGUAGAACGAGCAGAUGAAGUGACGCAAGACGUGGCAAAAAUAGUAGCAAGUUCAGUUGCUUGGGACCUUCAUCAUAGGCUACAACUUAUCGAUGCGCUGGAGCGUCUGUGCUGGGAUCAUUUGUUCGAAGAUGACAUUAAUGCUGCACUGACUCAAAUUAGGACAGUUAAUCUUACUUCCUGUGAUCUUCACACGGUAGCUAUGUGGUUUUAUCUGCUUCGUAAGCACGGACACAGAGUUUCACCAGAUGUGUUUGUGAGGUUCAAAGAUCAAGAGGGGAGCUUUCUUGCGAACAAUCCAGUGGAGCUAUUGAGUCUGUAUAAUGCUGCACACCUCGGAAUACAUGGAGAGAUAAUACUAGAUGAAGCCGUAGUAUUUACCAGAACUCAUUUAGAAGCAAUAUUACCCUCGCUGGAAGGAUCAUUAGCACAUGAAAUCAAAUGUGCACUUGAGAUUCCCCUCCCUAGAAGGGUAAGAAUUUACGAGUCAAAGUAUUAUGUCUCCACAUUUGAGAAAGAUGUUACAGUGCAUGACACAGUACUGCAACUUGCAAAGUUAAAUUCUAAUAUUAUGCAGUUGCAUCAUCAGCAGGAAUUGGAAAUCAUUACAAGAUGGUGGAAGGGUCUAGAGAUUGAGUCAAAGCUUCCAUUUGCCCGGGAUAGAGUCGUUGAGUGCUAUUUUUGGAUGUCAGGAGUAUAUUUUGAACCAUGCCAGUCACGAGGCCGAAUCAUAUUGACUAUGAUGAUUGCUAUAAUCGCCAUAUUUGAUGAUAUCUUUGAUUACUAUGGAACUAUGGAAGCGUGUGAGUUACUCACCAACUGCGUAGAAAGAUGGGAUACAAAAUUUGGUGAUGGACUCCAGGAUUGCAUGAAGCAUGCGCUUGGAAAAAAUUUUGAUAGCUAUGAAGCCAUGGACCAUGAGCUAGCGCGGGAUGAGAAAUAUAGCAUGGCCUACCUGAAAAACUUUACAAUAGAUCUGAUUAGAGGCUACAACAAGGAGGUAAAAAUGCGUGAAGAAGGAUAUAUUCCAAGAACGGUCAAUGAGCAUCUACAGGUUUCACUAAGGACUGGUGCAUGUCACCUGUUGGCGUGCGCUUCCUUUGUUGGAAUGGACGACAUAGCAACGAAGGACUCUUUUGAUUGGGUUUCUACCAUGCCUAAAAUUGUAAAGGAUCUUUGCAUAAUAUUGAGACUAUUGGAUGAUCUCCAGUCAUAUGAGGUAAUGCUUAUUUCUUGGGUCUAUGCUCUUCUAGCAGGUGCUUAUGAGAUUCUCAAACAAUAUGGCUACAUUAAUGCAUUACGGUUUCGUGUGUGUGUGUAUUAUAAUCACUCUUCCUUAAUUUUACUGAAAUUGUACAAGGUGUUUUAUGAUUACAUUACAAAUUCAAACUUGUGCAUGCAGCAAGAGCAACUAACGCCUCAUGUUGCUUCAACCAUCAAAAGCUACAUGAAAGAGCACAAUGUCUCAAUUCAGAUUGCACGCAAGAAGAUAGAGGAACUUAAAGAGGAUACAUGGAAAGAUUUUAACCAUGAGUGGUUGAACCCUGAUAAUGGAGUGCCCAGGCAGCUACUGGAGAGCAUAUUCAACAUGACCAGGACGAUGGAAUUCAUGUACAACCAGGAUGAUAAUUUCACUAACUGUCAGAACCUCAAGGAUACCAUCCAUUUGUUAUUUGUGGAGCCCUUUGCUAUCUCCUUCUAGUACAGACAAUUCCAACAAAUAAAGUGUGUUGUCUAAUGCCGAGGAAAGGAAGCCCAUAUCAACCGGCACAAUAUAAAUAUGGGCACUUUGCACAGUACAUUGAUUAGUAGAAUGCACAUUUGCUAUGCAAGAGAAAAGGCAAGGACUAGGAAUUGUUGCCUGUCUUGCCUGCUUUGCGAGCCAGUCAGCCAUAUUGUUUGAGUCCCUGUUGAUUUUGAUGAUCGAAUGUUGCAUCCCUUUAGUGAUUUAUGCAAACUUAGAAAGAAUUGGUUGCAAUGACCAAUGACGAGGGUAAUGGCAUGAUGAUCUCCUUUUAGCUACAGCUAAUGUAUUUCGUUGUCUGUGAGGAAGUUCAACACCUGCAAGUUUAGUGCUGCAGCGAGCCUUGCACCUAGUAGUAAUGCCCAAUCUUCUGCUUCCAACGGCUCUAA